UAUGAGAUCAUUGUCUUUGGCGGUCAGGAAGGCAAUUCAACAAAGGAAUGUCUGAAUUUCAAGAACACCCCAUACAACUCCAACUGGCCUCCAAUCCGUUAUACUGCAGCUGUUCUUCCUGCAGAGACCCUCACUGGACCCAGAACCUUCAUCUUGGGGGAUAACCACCAUUAUAAUGGGUUCCACAAUGCUCCUCUUAUCCCCAACCACAACUACACCGUCUACAUUCGGGUCACCAGCCGCUGGAAACAGGUGGAGAAAUCAUCAUGUGCUUUUGUAGGAUUCCUUCAAAUUCCUGUGAGCAGCAACAUUCACAUCAUUGUGGGGUCGAUUUUCACUGUCAUUUUACUGCUCAUCCUUCUUCUUCUGGUGAUCCUAUGGAGGAGCCGCUCUUCACGCAGUAAAUCAAGACGUUCAUCUGAUAUUCCAUUAAAGGCUCAAACUAGAUUGAGUAAGAAGAGAGACAUCCCUGUAGACAAAUUCUUGGAAGUUGUGAAAAAUUUCCGGAAGAAGGAAUUAACGGACCAGGAUGAAGUGGAGGAACAGAACGCAAACAUUUCCCCGGUUGGACGGUACCUGGAAUACCAGGAUCUUCCCGGGGGUUGAUGAGUUCCUGCACUGUAGGCCAAGCUGAGGAGAACCAAGCUAAGAAUCGCUACAAAAAGGUCUUACCAUAUGAUGACUCUCGGGUGGUCCUGAGGUCCAGUCCCUCCAGAUCAGAUUAUAUAAAUGCCUCCUACGUUGACGGAUACAAAGCUCCAAAAUUAUACAUAGCAACACAAGGUCCCCUUCCUAGGACUCUGGCAGACUUCUGGAACAUGGUGUGGCAGGAGAACAGUUCCGUCAUUGUCAUGCUGACGGGAUUGCAGGAGCAGAACAAGGUGAGGUGAUGAAU